AUGGUGGUCUUCAUCCCCAAAUAUACACCAGGCAAAACUGCAGAAAACAUAAUAAAGACAGUCUCGGGGCCCACGGGGACGACAGUGACUCUUGUGACAGACAUCAAGUCAGUGUUUGAGCUGGGCGUAACAACUGAUUUCCUCACAGUUUCCCAGCAUGCCCUGGCUGUGGUGAUGGAGGUGUAUGCAGGAGAAAAGUCCAUCCUGCUGCCCUGUCGGUUCCCAGGUCAUAUACCUGAGGACGAUCCUGCAGUGAUGUGGACUCGCAGUGAUCUCGACCCCAAAUCUGUCCACCUGCUCCAAAAAGGAGGAGAUGAUCUUAGAGGACAAAACCAGCGUUACAGCGGACGCACAUCAGUGAGGUCUGAUGCUCUAAAAACUGGAAACUUCAGCCUCACUCUGAGGAACCCACAACUGACUGACAGCGGCAGCUACACCUGCUCCAUCAGUGAUGGAAGACAAGAACAGAGACUGACAGACAUACAGCUGCAGGUCAAAGACCAGCAGGUGGAGGUGAAGGUGGAGGAAGGCUCAGAGUCUGUCAUCCUGCCCUGCAAAACAACACCUGACCUGCCCGAGGACACCAGGGUGGAGUGGACUCGCUCUGAUCCAGAACUCGUGUACAUAAUCCAAAUGAAGAUGAAUGAAGACCUGCUGAGAACUGGAGACCUCAGUCUGACCCUGAAACAGCCCACACAGAGAGACACAGGAGGAUACAUCUGCACCAUCUACAGGGACAAAGACAUCCUGAGACAGAAAGUAGUGCUGCAGGUCAAAGAACCAUUUCUAUCCAAGGCCACAGUUCACCUGGUUUUGCUGGUUCUUGUUCUAGUUGUUUCUGGAGAUGUUUUAUUUCACUUCUGGAACUAUUUCAUGUCACUCUUUCCGGUGAAGGUCGAGGUGGAGUUGGGAGCAGAGUCUGUCCGGCUGCCCUUCAAAACUACAAAAAACCUGCCUGCUGAUGCUAAAGUGAUGUGGGAACGUUAUGAUCCGAGAAGGAUGGUCCACGUGUUCUGCAGGGAGCCUGAUGAGACAAAACAGCACGAGGAUUACAGAGACCGAACAGAGAUGAAUGAAGACCCACUGAGUACUAGAGACCUCACUCUGACCCUGAAACAGCCAAAAGAGGCAGACAGUGGAGAAUACAAAUGUUUAGUCUGGAGGAGGGGAGACUUCAUCAGGACGAAAUCAGUGCUGCUCACAGUCAGAGGUUUGUCACAGGCGGAGGAGGGAGGAGAGGAAGCACAGGUGGAUCGUCUGAUGAUGAGGAGCAUUCAUUGA